UAGCCAUGGAAGAAAUAAAAAACUCAUAUGGAACUUCUCUUCUGGUUCCAUCAGUUCAAGAAUUGGCUCAAGAAAAAAUUUCAACCGUUCCACCCAGAUACAUUCAGCCUCAACAACAGGACAUCUUGGGCAUCUCUGAAUCUGAUGUUAUCCUUGAGAUUCCAGUGGUUGAUAUGCAGAGCUUGCUUUCUGCAGAAUCUGGGAGCUCAGAGUUGUCUAAGCUUCACCGUGCUUGUAAAGAAUGGGGAUUCUUCCAGCUGGUAAACCAUGGAGUUAGUUCUUCCUUGCUGGAAAAAGUUAAGUUGGAGAUUCAAGAUUUCUUCAACCUUCCAAUGUCAGAGAAGAAAAAGUUUUGGCAGACUCCACAACACAUUGAGGGAUUUGGACAAGCAUUUGCUAUCAGUGAAGACCAGAAACUUGAUUGGGCUGAUAUGUUCUUUAUGACCACCCUUCCUAAGCACUCUAGAAUGCCCCACUUAUUUCCACAACUCCCUCUUCCUAUCAGGGACACUUUAGAGCUAUACUCACAAGAGCUAAAAAAUCUAGUUAUGAUUAUUGUUGAAUAUAUGGGAAAAGCUCUGAAGAUGGAAGAAACAGAAAUGAGAGAGUUAUUUAAAGAUGGGAUGCAGUCAAUGAGGAUGAACUAUUACCCACCAUGUCCACAACCAGAGAAGGUUAUUGGCCUAACACCCCAUUCAGAUGGAGUAGGUCUCACCAUCCUCCUACAAAUCAAUGAAGUGGAAGGGCUCCAGAUAAGGAAAGAUGACAUGUGGAUUCCUGUUAAACCCCUUCCUAAUGCCUUCAUUGUAAACGUUGGGGAUGUACUUGAGAUUGUAACUAAUGGGAUUUACAAAAGUAUUGAGCAUCGUGCAACAGUGAACUCUGGAAAAGAAAGGCUUUCAGUUGCAACAUUCUACACACCAAGACAUGAUGGAGAGAUAGGUCCCGCUGCAAGCUUGAUCACUGAACAAACACCAGCACGGUUCAAAAGAAUUGGGUUCGAGGAGUUCUUCAGGAACCUAUUUGCUCGCAAACUUGAUGGAAAGUCUUACCUAGAUUCCUUAAGAGUGGAGCAUCACAAGUAGUGAAGUGGUUCAAAUUACUAGUUUUCUCAUUUCUGUAAUUUCACAUGUCAUUGCUAGAACUUGGCUUGUUACUAAGAAAUCAGAACAUAAAGAAGCCUUGUUGUAAACCAUGAGUAAUAAGGCCUUGCUUGAGUGGUCACAUUAAUCUAAUGCUUCUUCCUAAAAUCAGGAAUCACCAUAGUGUCCUGUUCUUGCUAUAGUUUUUGUUGUGUGCAAGAUUGCAAAGAAGAUAAGUGU